AUGUCCGUUGAAUUAAUUGCUGCUGCUGUUCUCGGAUCACAACUUUUAGAUGCGAAGUUACUGAUCACCCAAGAUUUCUUCCUUGUCAAUAAGACUAUAAGAUCUUCCAUUCCAUUCCUUAUCAAUUGUGCUCGAGGAAAAGCCAGUUUCUGGUACAUAUUUGAGAAUUCGUGUCAUAAAUAUCCCAAUAACCGGGCCAUUUCGUUCCCCAGACCUCUCAAAAACCCUCCUCCAUUGAAGAAUGAUCCGGCUACUGGAAAGUUGAACUAUGAUAAUCAGUUUGAGAUUGAAAACUACACAUAUCAAGAAUUCUACGAUAUUGUAUUAAGAUUGAGUUAUAUAUUGAAAAAUGAGUACGGAGUGACUCCAGAUCAGACCAUUGCCUUGGACUGUAUGAAUAAGCCAUUGUUUUUGUUCUUGUGGAUGGCUCUUUGGAACAUCGGUGCUUUACCUUCGUUCUUGAACUUCAAUACGAAAGAUAGAGCUUUAGUUCACUGUUUGAAGAUUUCGAAUGUUUCACAGGUCUUUAUCGACCCAGAUUGCAGCGGACCUAUUAAAGAAACAGAGCCUUUUAUUAAGAAAGAAACACCAAACUGUAAGUUGCACUACAUCAAUGAGGUUGAAUUAUUGAAAGUCUUGUCCAACCCAAAGUUGCCAACGUACAGGGCACCAGAUGAAUUAAGAAGACCAAACGAUGGAGACCACUCAUGUGCUUGCUUGAUCUACACCUCUGGUACAACCGGUUUACCUAAAGCUGCAGUGAUGUCUUGGAGAAAAGCAUUUAUGGCUGCAGCUCUAUUUGGCUACAUCAUGAAGAUUAACAAAAAAUCGAAUGUAUUGACAGCCAUGCCUUUGUACCAUUCGACGGCGGCAAUGUUAGGAGUUUGCCCCAGUUUGAUCACCGGUGCGUGUAUUACCAUAUCACAGAAGUUCCUGGCCACUACUUUCUGGACUCAGGCCAAGUUAAGUGGGCUGACACAUAUGCAAUAUGUAGGGGAGGUUUGUCGUUACCUCUUGCAUAGUAAACCUCACCCUGAUCAACAGGCACACAAUAUCACUAUCGCUUAUGGUAAUGGUUUAAGAAAGGACAUCUGGAUGGAAUUCAAGAAAAGAUUCCAUAUCAAGGCCAUUGGUGAAUUUUAUGCCUCCACUGAAUCCCCUAUUGCUACUACAAAUUUGCAAUAUGGUGAUUAUGGUGUCGGUGCCUGUCGUAAGUAUGGAUCCUUCAUUAAUUUUCUUCUUUCAUUUAACCAAAUUUUGGUAAAGAUGGAUCCCGAAGAUGAAAAUGAAAUUUGGAAGGACCCCAAUACUGGAUUUGCUGUCAAGGCUCAACAUGGAGAACCAGGUGAGCUACUUAUGAGAAUUUUGAACGCUUCCAAUGUAGAGAAGACAUUCCAAGGAUACUAUGGAAACAAAAAGGCCACAUCAUCAAAGGUGAUCACGGAUGUAUUUAAGAAGGGUGACGCAUGGUUCAGAACUGGAGACUUGUUGAAAGAUGAUGCUGAUGGCUUAUUGUACUUUGUAGAUAGGCUUGGUGAUACGUUCCGUUGGAAGUCAGAAAACGUCUCAGCAUCAGAAGUUGAGAAUGAGUUGAUGGGCUCCAAUGCCAUUAAGGGUUCAGUUGUCGUUGGAGUGAAAGUGCCCAACCACGAAGGUAGGGCAGGUUUUGCGGUAAUUGAGCCUAAAGAUGAGUACAUAUCUGGGGAAAAGCCGAUCAAAGAGUUGUUGAGUCUGAUCUAUGACCACACUCUCAAGUCUUUACCGAACUAUGCUGUGCCACAAUUUAUUAAAGUUAUUGACCAUAUAGAAAGUCAACAUAAUCACAAGGUUCCAAAGAACCAGUACAAGAAGCAAGUCUUACCAAAGGGUACAGGAGGUGACGAAGUUAUAUAUUGGUUGAACAAGACCAAGUACGAAGAGUUGACAACUUCAGCUUGGGACAAAAUUGUGAAAGGAUCUGCUAAGUUGUGA